AUGUUCUCCCUCGAGGUUGGAGAGGAGCUGAGGAUCGAGGCGGACUCGAAGAAGGUAUUUGUCACCCUUGACACAGGGCAUGCAGAGAUCUUCGGGUGGGAGCUGCCUUGCGGGGAGACCGUUGAGCUAGCUCGAACCAAGUUGGCUCUCUACACCUGGCAUGGGUGUAUGAUCUCGGUGCGGGGGGAACCCAAGUGCUGCUAUAAGGGAGACACCACGCCGAUGAAGACGUUUGCCAACCUUCACGCGUACCUGCAGCAGAGUCGCCGCGCAGCCCUCAACUCCAACACCAGCGGGCCGAGGAUCAUGGUGGUUGGCCCGCCCAACACCGGCAAGUCGUCGCUGGUCAAGUUACUCCUCAACUACGCUGUGAGGGAGGGAGAGAGGCCGAUGAUGGUGGACCUGGAUGUCUCCAAGGCCCGCGCUCUUUUCCUCCCUGGUUCGCUAGGAGCCGUCGCCGUUACCUCUUUCAUCUCACCAACGGACAGCAACUCCAUGGCUCAUCCCCUCGCCUACUACUACGGUUACAGAGAUUGCACACGGUCAAGCGACCUCUUCAAGAGUCUAGUCGAUGACCUUGCCACACAAAUCGCAGCGAGGCAGAACAGUGGCUUUGACGAGCAGGGCAAAGCUGCAGGGCUGGUCAUUGACACGUUCUCAUACCACGCGAGCAGCCAGCCGUCGUAUGACCUGCUGGUGGCGUGUGCCAAGUCGAUGAAGGCCGACAUCAUCGUUGUGAUGGACAUGGACAAACUUUUCUGCGACCUCCAGCGAGACCUGGGAGGGUCGGAUGAAGGAGGAGUUCAGAUCAUCAAGCUAGCCAAGGGGGGUGGAGUCGUCGUUCCGGAUCAUUCCUUCCAGAAGCAGGCAGAGAAGGAGGUGAUACAAGAUUACUUCUACGGCAGAGAGCGGGAGCUCUGCCCACGUCCCAUCGUAUUCCCCUUCUCCAAAUUGCAGUUUUUUCGCACUGCCGCUACCCCGCAAGUCCCGAAGGAUGCUCUGCCGAUAGGGAUCACAGCGAUCGAGAGCAAGAUGGAGGUGCAGGUGGUAGAGCCUGACCUGAACUUGGAAAACAAGCUCCUGGCGGUUGCUGGCCGAAACCCCUCAGACGACCAGGAGCUUGUUUGCGUUAACGUAGCAGGAUUUGUACAUGUGCAGCGAGUGGAUCUACAGGAGGAGAAGCUCACCAUCCUGGCGCCCAACGGGCUGCCGAUGCCCUCCUCGAAGCUGCUGGUGGGUGACAUCGACUUCUUAGAGUGA